AUGUCUCUCAAUGGGUUAGAUAAUCCCACUGUCGUUGAAGCCUACCAGACUGCUCUCAGCGAAGCAGGCGGAUGGUUUCUUCUCCGCUAUACGUCAAGGGAUGAAGUCGCCCUCCUAGAUCGAGGCACUGGGGGCGUUCCCGAUGUGCGGAAUGCGAUCGAGGGCUACGAGGAAUCCUCCCCGCUCUACGGCUUCCUUCAGUAUCGUCGCAGGAAGGUGGUUCUGAGUUAUCUACCCGAGGAUCUGUCUCGACUUGUCCGAGCUCGAACGACCGUUCAGUUCCAAUCGAUUCUUGACAAAUUUUCCCCCCACGACACCGUCUUUUCGCUCGCCCGGCCAUCGGAUCUUACGGAAAGCGCACUCUCUUCCGCAUGUCUACUACAUACCGCCUCAGGUUCUAUCACCCCCUCAUCAAGCUCCCUUCGCCGUCGGAGACUGAUGGAAAUCGCCGAAGAUGCAGAGGAAACCCCGGCUAGCAAGGAUGCCGUCCCGACACAAACCCCGACCCAGGAUAUCCGACAGAGGUCAAUCAGUCAAUUGUCAGAGGCCACUUUCGUUCCGCCCCCGUCUUUGAUCUCAGAUGUCCCUGAACCCUCCCAUGGCGACCUCCCGCCCCCAACGAGCCCCGAAACCGCUCAUACCAAUAGCCACGCGCCUUCAAUCCCUGGGGAUAUCGCCUCCGAACGCCCGGAUUCGUCGAGGAAUUUUGGCGACGAAUCAUCCUAUGCUCCUUCAGAGCCUCGCAAGUCUACGCAAUCCGCUAGGCCCUCUCUACGAGACUUGGAGCACGCGGCAGGAUCCAAACCCAAGGUGAAACUCGGGCCCCGACCCUCAGUGGACGGGAGUGGCCGGCCUCGCACUGCGGGAAACAUAUCUCGCAACGCUGAACAGCGGCCAGUCGCUUCUCUCCCCGCUGGUGUACGCUCGUCUUCGUUCCGCAAGUCCAACCCUGGCCCUACUCGUCCUCGCUCGCAGGGAAAUCCAGUAACAAACCCAUCCAGCCGAUCUGUCCCCCCAGUUCCCCCCCUGUUGGUGCCCCCGUUAUCCAUGCCGAUUGCACGGCCUCAGCUCUCGCCUGGUGCCAAGUCCUUGAGUGCACUCUCAUCCUCCGGAACAUCUCACGAGAAGGAGCGACUGAUGAAAGCGCUCCAAAUGCGGAAAUCGCAGAUGCAAAAGAGAGCACAAGAAGAGAAACCACAAACUUCACACGAUCCGAACGAGGAUAAAGAGAAUAUUGGACAAAUUGGCGAGAUGGUGAAGCCAAGAAGCGAGAGACUAUCUAGUAUAUCAGAGUACAGCAAAGGACCGCUGUCGGAAACUCAAUCCCUGGCCUCAUCCGAAUCGCUCCCAGUUCUUGAACCGGUGGAGAUGGAGAUUGCCUCGGUAGAGCCAGCUGUUGACACCGCCAUGCCCCACCAAAAUGGUGAGAUCCCAACCAAGUCAAUGGCCCCAAGUAGCAUGGUUCCUGAACCUAGUGUUGAGGACAAAAAGCUGGAGAAGAUUCCAAUAACGGAGACCCUUCCCGAACCUGAAACAGGCCCUGUCCAAGACGGCAUGGUUGUAUCGGUGGGAGGCAAAAUGAAGUGCGGCACCGGCUCGCCUAGCGCCGUGCUUGAUGUCCCGCUUGACGACAAUCGUAAUCCUCUAACCCCCCCAGAGGAAGAAAUUGUCGUAACUCCACCUCAGGUAGAGAACUCUCUUGUUCCAGAAGAAACAAAGAUACUUGAAGCCCCCGCGGAGCCAACCGAAGCUAUUGAUCCGCAAUCAAUUCCCUCGCCAAAGUCUUCUGCAUCAGGGCCAAAUUCCAUUACCGAUCCGAUCGCGAUCCCUGUAUCACACGCUGGGCAAGCUCCAACCCCUGAAAUUUUGAGUGUGGAGCAAGUGAGCGCUACAACCCGAAGGGAUAAACGCAAACCUGCUCUUGAACCUAUUCAAGUUCCAACUCCCGAAUACUCUGAUGACGAUAAUCUUCUAUCAGACGAUUCCUUCAUGGAAGAAUUGAAGAGCGCCACGGUCGAAGAAGCCAAGCCCAUUUCAGUUGGCAAGUCUCCGCUCUCCCCAGGCUACUCAAAUAGUGGGAGUAGUAGAGCCAGCCCUGAUGCUUGGAGGAAUUCCCGUGCCGUUUCCAACCCAAGUGCUGCUGGGGAGCAGCAUCCGGCUAUGCCUAUAUUAUCCGGCGGCAGAUCCGUUUCGAACCCGUUUACUCCAACAACCGAACCCCCCACAGGCCCCGUUCUAGUCGCCAAGAAGAUUAAUGUAUCUUCCGGAAUCUCUAAGCGCAUCAAAGCGCUCGAGAAGUUUUCGAAUAGCCGCGAUGCAUCGCCAACCCCGCCGCAAACUGUAGCCACCCCGUCCGCAUCCUCCUUUGAAACUCUUCGAAAGCGUGCCUCUAUUUCACUGGGAGCUGGGAACGCAGAGGUGCCCUCGUUGUCUAGGCAUCCAUCAUACGCACCCGAGCCUUUCUCUCGGGCCUCGAGCCUGAAACGCCCUGACUCUCAACCUGGCACGAGUGCUGCACGCGCGACAAAUGCUGUGUCCGUCACCGCUCGUAUAGUCCGCGAUCAAAAUGCUAAUAGGGGCGACUCGAACACUGACUCGACCGAGUCACGCAUGCUCAACCUUCAGGCUAGCCCUCUGACUGUUGAGCAUGGCCCUUCGGACGUUCCACAAAGCCUCCCAGCGGAAUCUACCCCCAACAAAUCUGAAAAACGCAGCAUGUCUACAUCUUCCGCCGGCUCUAUUCCGCCAUUACCUGCUAUGAUCCCGCGUUCUGAGAGCGGACUCUCUGUGUCCUCUGCCUCUAGAAAUGACGGAAUCGCUUUUCCAAGGUCUCCGAGUGAGGUCUCUGCUUCCUCCCCGGAGGAAAAGAAAGAGUCCCGCGCCUCUAGGAUCCUUCGCCGCAUGUCCUCAAUCACUUCCAGUUCACGAAGGGGCACUGCCAGUUCUCGGAGUCCGGCUGUCAAAGAGGAGGAAAACUUGCCAUCUGUGGACGAGUCUAAGAACACUGCGGAGCUCCCGGAGGCAGUUGAUAUUGGCGAGGUUAAUGUCCAGUUCCCCGAUACUCUCCUCUGGAAGCGGCGGUUUAUCCGGAUCGACAACCGAGGCUAUUUAGUUUUAACGCCAGGAAAUAUUGACUCCAGUAACCGCAACAUGAUCAAGCGGUACCAUCUAACCGAGUUCAGAACCCCUUGUCUACCUGACGAAGAGCGACAAGAGCUUCCCAACAGCAUCUUACUAGAUUUCUUAGACGGAAGCACUCUUCAAUGCGCUUGCGAAUCAAGGCAAGGGCAGGCGUUUGUUCUUCAGACUCUUGUCCAUGCUUAUGGCAUUCACCAACAACUUCUGUCCUGA